AUGGAUGCCGAUGUCAAUGGGAUCGAUAUCGAUGAUGACGAUGACGACGAUGCUGACAUAUUCAGCAUCGCCAACGACCGCAAAAGUGAGGACGAUGACACCCUCACGGGUGAAGACAACGUUCUUUCAGCAGUGCACACGAAGCGCACUGCUGUUAACAAGGAUGAACCAGCAGAGGAAUUUCUGCUGACUCGCGAAGCGGUUGUCCGCUUCGUUCAAGACUCUAUUGCAGAUGCACUAGAUAAGCAGAAAGAAACGCAGACAAACAUGGAAGAGCAAAUGUUCUUUCAUUUGAUGAAGGAGACCUUGUUUUUGUGUCUACAGUAA